ACAGACGACCAGUCACCGGUUUGUUUUGAAAAGUAUAAAAAUGUAAACAGUUAACUUGACAACGUCAGUUGAGAGAGACGCUGUACUUUGUAAACAAGCACGCUGAAUUCUUCAUCUAAGGAAACAGUUGGUGCGACAAAAGUUGAGCCAUGACUCAGACCCCGGUGAACUUGAAGUUGUUUUUUGAGGUGAAGGAAUUCUUACAGAGCUCCAACGAUGACGCCAGCUCUAAGAAGGUCAAGGCGGUGCCUCCUGGGAGCUUUUCCUUGUUCCAGUUCCCAAUGGAGCCGAAGAACCCGUGUGAUGAGGUGUACCCCGGGAUAUUUAUAGGGAAUGGCCGGAUGGCCAAAGAGCCGGAGAAGCUUCAGCAGAUCGGCGUCACCCACGUUGUCAAUGUGAGCAUGGGCCCAAAGUUUAACCAAGUCAAUACAGAUUCUGUGUACUAUGACUGGUACAACAUACAGUUCCACGGGAUCCCGGCCAUGGAUGUUAUAUCAUUCAAACUGACUCCAUAUCUCUCACCGGCCGCAGAGUUUAUUGAAGACGCUCUCAGUAAUAAGGGUGUGGUGUACGUGCACUGCCAGCAGGGUGUGUCCAGAUCGGCGUCUGUCGUUCUGGCGUUCCUCAUGCUAAAGAGAAAUCUGGGACUGAUGGAGGCGGUGCAGACGGUCCGAGCAAAGAGAGAGAUCUUCCCCAAUGAGGGAUUUCUCAAGGAGCUUGUGCGCCUCAACGAUGAGAUCUUCUGUCCGGACCAAGUGGCCACGUAGAUGUGAGGAGAGACGACGUGACUGAAAGACUUUGUCUGUCGUUUCACUGAGUCAAGUUGGACAACUGAAAACUUUCCUCUGCUGUACUGAACAAAUAAUACUCAGCAGCUUAUGAAAGUGCCAUGUAUCACUGUAGACUAUAGAGAUCACCCUGGAUUGUUUAAAAAUGGCUGCUCUUGUCCAGGCAAAUACAGUAGAGUCCACAAAUCUCGAACUCGAAAAUCAUGAAUUCUCGGGUAUCUCGAACAUAAUGCUCGGUCCCGUUUCAGUCUCGAUGUUUUCUUUGUGUUGAUUUCACUGAGUUCCAGAACACUCGGAACACGCAUCACUCAAAUCUCGAACAAAUCCACUUGGCAUUUUCACGUAUA